GUGGGCGGCGGGCCUGCUGCUCGACCCCGCGCGGAGGCGCCGCCGGCCGAGCCCCGCGUCCUCCUGCCCCCGGCGCUGCGGGCCCCGCGCUGCCCUGCCUCCCGCGGGGGUCGGGGGCGCGAGCGGCGUGCGGAGGCCUGGGGCGCCUGGUGUGGGCGCUGCUCGGGCGGCGGCCGCGUGGCCGGCGGGCAGGGGCGUUGGGUCCGGCUCCCCGCGCGGCCUACUCGCCGGGUCUGCGCCUGCGCCUGCCCGCGAGCCCGCCGCUUCCCGGGGCCGCCUCUCCCGGUCCGCCGCCUGUGGAAGACUUCACUUCCUGACGGUGCAGGAGGGGCUGCGCCCGGGCGGGGUGGGCGGCCGGCCUUCGUGACCCCUGCCGCCCCGGCCUGGGCUGCUGCCCACGAGCCCCUGUCUGAGCCAGAGGCGCCCGCGGGGAGUCCACCCCGCCUCCCGGCGUCCAGGGGGCGAGCCUGGGGCGGCGGCGGGCCCUGCAGUCUCCACUGCCUUCUGUGACCUUGUUCGGGCCCGUCCUCCAGCCACGCUCCCCGACUCCGGCUGCCCGGCCGCGCCUCCUCCCCGGGCUAGUGAGCUUCUCUGGGGCGGGACCGUCGAACGACCAGAGUCCCUUCUCUGGGGCGUGAUCUCGGAGGUCCCUCCGCCAGGACACAUGGAUGCCAACCCACCGAGCCUCAUGGUAGGAGCCUGCCUGCCUCCAUUCCCGCUAGAGUCCUACCUUUUUCCUCUGGGAACCUACCCUGCCCGCUGGGCCUGGUCCUAGACCCUCAUCAGUCCCUGGUGGCCCUUGCCAGGCUCAGGCAUGCUCAUCCUUACAGGAGCGAACAAACCCCUGCCCAGACUGGGGCCCAUGUGAGGCCCUCAUGGGGGGAGGUUUGUAGAUCACCCUGGUCUGGCUUCCUCCUCCCCUCGGUUUUUAGAACCGAAAGGGCCUGGUGACUGGCUCAACCCUGUGGUGCAUGUGCCUGAGACACACACAUGAGGUGGAGCCAGAAUGGGGCUGGCACCCAGGGUUUCCUGGGGUGCUGGUGUAUGUCUUUUCAGGAGGCUGUGACGUUUGGUGACGUGGCCGUACACUUCUCAAGGGAGGAGUGGCAGUGUCUGGACCCUGGCCAGAGGGCACUGUACAAGGAGGUGAUGCUGGAGAACCACAGCAGCGUGGCUGGACUAGCAGGAUUCCUGGUCUUCAAGCCUGAGCUGAUCUCCCGGCUGGAGCAGGGGCAGGAGCCAUGGGUCCUCGACCUGAAGGGAGUUGAAGGGAGAGAGGGGGCAAGGACCUUCCUUACAGAUUCUGCGGGUGGGAUUGCGAGCGAGCAGGCUGGUGAGGACGUGGAUGUUCUAAAAUCAGAACCCUGUGCAGCAAUGAUGGUCAGAAGCCCCCCACCGGCUUUUCCUCAGAGUUCUAGCUUUAGCGACUCCUCUGAUGGUGCAGUCUGGUCAGAGAAUAAGCCAGGCUCUCUCCAGAGAACCCGCCUGAGCACGGGGACUGUGGCUCCCAGGAAGACCUUUACGAGGGAGGGUGCCCAGGGAUGUGGUGAGCUGGAGAGCAGUGGUGGUCUGGGUUGUCAGCCUGGUGAAAGUCUGGGAGGUGCCGCAGAAGGGACGUCCCGAAGGUGUGACGUGUGUGGCCGAAGCUUCCGGUCUGCUUCAGACAUUGCUCUGCGUCGAGAAAUUGAUACACGAAAGAAACCAAACACAUGUCCGGAGUGCAAAACAAAAGUACCUGAUUGUUUGCAGGGGAAGCCUCAAGGUAACUGCCACGGAGAGAAGCCGUAUGAAUGUGAGGAGUGUGGGAAGGUCUUCAGGUUGUGCUCACAGCUUAAUCAGCAUCAGAGGAUCCACACUGGCGAGAAGCCAUUCAAAUGCAUCGAGUGUGGAAAAGCCUUCCGUCUGAGUUCAAAACUUAUUCAGCAUCAAAGAAUUCACACUGGAGAGAAGCCCUACCGGUGUGAGGAGUGUGGAAAGGCCUUUGGUCAGAGCUCCAGCCUCAUCCACCACCAGAGGGUCCACACGGGGGAGAGGCCCUAUGGCUGCCGGGAGUGUGGGAAGGCCUUCAGCCAGCAGUCUCAGCUGGUCAGACACCAGAGGACCCACACUGGAGAGAGGCCCUACCAGUGCCAGGAGUGCGGGAAGGCCUUCAGCCAGAGCUCGACCCUGGCCCAGCACCAGCGGAUGCAUGCUGGGGACAAACCUCAACUUCCAAGGAACCCAGAUAGCCCCAGCCUUGUUGCACAUCAGAGAAUACACGCUACAGAGAAGCCAUUUAAGUGUGACGAGUGUGGGAAGGCCUUCAGGUGGGUGUCUCGUCUGAGUCAGCACCAGCUGACCCACACCGGAGAGAAACCUUAUAAGUGCAACAAGUGUGCAAAAGCCUUUGGUUGUAGCUCACGGCUUAUUCGCCACCAGAGAACUCACACUGGAGAAAAGCCAUUUAAAUGUGAGGAGUGCGGGAAAGGCUUUGUCCAGGGCUCCCACCUAAUUCAGCACCAGAGAAUUCAUACUGGAGAGAAACCCUAUGAGUGUAGUGACUGCGGAAAGGCCUUCAGCCAGAGCUCCAGUCUCAUUUACCAUCAGAGAAUCCAUAAGGGAGAGAAGCCGUACGAGUGCCUGGAAUGCGGAAAAGCUUUCAGUAUGAGCACACAGCUCACGAUCCAUCAAAGGGUCCACACUGGGGAGAGACCCUACAAGUGUACGGAGUGCGGGAAAGCGUUCAGUCAAAACUCAACCCUUUUCCAGCACCAGAUCAUCCACGCAGGAGUGAAGCCCUACGGGUGCAGUGAGUGUGGGAAGGCCUUCAGUCGGAGUUCCUAUCUCAUCGAGCACCAGAGGAUCCACACUCGUGCUCAGUGGUAUCAUGAAUAUGGGAAUACCUUGGAAGCUUCUACCCACGUGAGCCGUAAAAAAGUCAACACUGUAAAGAAACUGCAUAAAUGUAACGAAUGUGAGAAAAUAUUCAGGUGGCGCUCGCAUCUAAUCAUACAUCAGAGAAUUCACACAGGAGAGAAACCUUACAAAUGUAAUGAAUGUGGCAAAGCUUUUAAUCGGAGCUCCAGGCUUACUCAGCAUCAGAAAAUUCACAUGGGAUAGAGCACUUCCCUUUAUAAAUGUGUAUAAAUGUGAAUAAACCUGCAGCCUUA